AUGUUUCGAUCUUUUUUAUUAAUCAUGACACUCGUGGAGUUGAUCAACUCUAAAUUGGUAAGAAUUCCAUUAUAUAACACAAACUGUAUUCGAAAAUUGAUUGUUGAUAGUGGAUCAUAUGAUUUGCCUGAUAUUACAAAGGCACCACUAUUUAAUUUAUAUGAUAGACAAUACUAUGGUAUUAUCUCGGUUGGAAUCCCUCAGCAGAGGUUUAAUAUACUUUUCGACACUGGAGCCUCUAAUUUUUUUGUACCAUCCAUCACCUGCGACGAUGAUAACAUUGCUUGCUCGUCACAUAACAAAUAUAAUAGUAGUAAAUCCCACACGCACAUAGAAGUUGGUACUUAUAUCGGACUCAAUUAUGCGGUUGGUGCGCUUACUGGAUACUUAUCUACUGAUGUAGUGAAUAUUGCUGGCAUUCGUGUCCGAAAUCAAACAUUUACAGAAGCGGUAACACCAGAUUCGGCUUUUACCUUUUUGGCAUACGACGGAAUCUUAGGAAUGGGUUAUCCUGAGUUUUCUACAAAAGGAGUGCCUCCCGUUUUCACCAGCAUGAUUGAACAAGGACUAGUGUCUGCGCCUGUUUUUAGUUUUUAUCUGAAUCGAAAUUACGGUAGUCAACUGAUAUUGGGUGGUUCCGACCCCACUUAUUAUAACACUGAGUUCACUUAUGUUAAUGUAACCAACAAAGGAUACUGGCAAUUUGCCAUGGAUAAGAUAAAAAUGGAACAUAUGAUUUUAUGUUUUUAUGGCUGUGAAGCUAUCGCUCACACUGGUUUUCCGGGACUGUCUGGACCAGCAUCAGAUAUCGAAUUUAUUAACAACGAAUUAGAUUCAUUAAAACGAGUUGGAAUUCCUCAUUAUGGCGGAGAAAUACUUGUGGAUUGCAAUCAGAUUUCUGAGUUGCCCAAUGUUACUUUCUUUCUGAGUGGUAAACCAUUCGUAAUCACUGCACAAGAUUACAUCUAUACUAGAAUGGUAAAUAUAGUUAAAUAAAGUACAAUGACAUGCACAAGCACUUUCGUAAAGUCUAGUAGGGAUAUUUGGAUUUUGGGUACUCCAUUUCUUAAUCAAUUUUAUACUGAGUUUGACAUGGGGAACGAUCGAGUGGGAUUUGCGAAGUCAAAAUAA